AUGAACCGCCCGACGCCGGCGCACCAGAGGGGCAUGCCGCCGCCGCCGCAGCUGGCGCGGUACGGCUCCGCGCCGGGCUCCUUCCUCGCCGCGCUGGCCGACUCCGUCGCGCGCGGCGGGGGCGGGGGCGAGGUGCCCUCCCACUCCCAGCCCCAGCAGCAGCAGCAUCAGCAGCACCAGCCGGUGGCGGCCGUGGUGAGCCGGUUCUUCUCGGGGGAGUCGUCCGGGCUGACCUCCUGCGAGUCCAGCUGCCGGACGGCGGACGCCCCGGCGCCGCUCCAGCGGGCCUACGGCGGCUCCAGCGAGAUCCACGUGCCCCUCCCGCAGCAGCAGCAGCAGCAGCCGGGGCUCCUCCGCCACAGCAGCUCCCCCGCCGGGCUGCUCUCCCGCCUCAUGGCCGACCCGCACGGCAAUGGCGGCAUGGGCGGCGCUAGAGGAGGGAUGGGGAGCGGCUACGCGCACUCGCAGGGAGGAGGCAACGUCGACGCCGUGGCGGCGCAGCAGAGGAGGCUGAGCUCGCAGUGGAGCUUCUCGAGGCAGCAGGACAUGAUGCCGCACAUCGCGGAGAUGGGGAUGGCCAUGCACACGCCCACGCCGAUGCCGCCGGCCGACGUCGGCGAGAGCAUCGGCACCGGCCACGGCAACGGCUCCGGCGACCUCUCCAGGAGCUUCUCCAUGAGCUCCUGGGACGACACCAACUCCAACAUCAUCUUCUCCGCGCCCGGUGGCGGCGGCAAGAAGGCCAAGCUGAUGGCCGACGGCGACGACGGCAUGGUCACCAGCUACAGCAACAUCGACUCCCAGUUUGGCUCGUCUCUGGACAUGCCUGGCAUGGACGACUACCUGCAGCUGCAGCAGGACUCCGUCGCCUGCAGGGUCCGCGCCAAGCGCGGCUGCGCCACUCACCCGCGGAGCAUCGCCGAGAGGGAAAGAAGAACGAGGAUCAGCAAGAGGCUUAGGAGGCUGCAAGACCUCGUGCCCAACAUGGACAAGCAAACAAAUACUUCUGACAUGCUGGAUAUUGCUGUUGACUACAUCAAAGUGCUGCAGGACCAAAUCGAGAAACUGAAACAGGACCAAGGAAACUGCUCUUGCUCAGCCGAUCAGAAGUGCUGA